AUGACCACUCGCCGCAUUUUCGUCGUUGGUGCGACUGGCGCCCAAGGCUUGCCUGUGUGCCGCGGACUCACAAACGAAGGCGGUUACAGCUUGCGCGUCCUAACCCGUGAUUCAACCUCUGCCAGGGCGCAGCAGCUUGCCAAGCUCGGAGACGUCGAAUUUGUCGAAGGGACGUUUGCUAACGAGGCCGACCUUCGCAAAGGGUUUGCGGGGUGCUGGGGCGCCUUUGUCAACAUCGACGGCUUCAACUGCGGCGAGAAGGCGGAGACGUACUGGACCAUCCGUUCAUACGAGCUCGCCGUCGAGCUGGGAAUCAAGUUCUUCGUCUUUGGCAACCUCGACUACGGCUACAAGAAGAGCGGCUACAACCCAAAGUUCCGAUGCGGACAUUACGACGGUAAAGGUCGCAUGGCGGAGUGGAUGCUGCAACAGAGAAAGAGCAACAGUAUGGGCGUUGCGAUCUUCACCACGGGCCCGUACAUUGAGAUGACCGUCUCUUCAAAGACGAUCAUGACCCCGCGAGUCGAGAACGGAGUCGUCACUUGGAGAGUUCCGCUCGGUGACGGCGCGGUUCCGCAUGUCGCCCUUGAUGAUUGUGAGCACUAUGUCCGCUGGCUCUUCGACCAUCCCGACAGGUCUGACGGGAUGGACCUCGAGGUCGCGAUCGACCAUAUCCACUAUGCCGAUCUAGCAUCGGCGUUUCAAAAGGUGACAGGCAAGCCGGCUCAGUACAUCGAUACACCCGCCGACGUCUACUUUGACUAUUUUCCGAUCUCUGACGAACCGGCGGGAUACAACGCGGACCCGGCGGACCCGGCCACGAUGUCGAUCAAGCAAAACUUUUCCGGGUUCUGGACCAUGUGGUCGCACUCCGCGGGUAACAAAGGGGUCAUUAAGCGGGACUAUGCGCUUCUGGACGAGAUCCACCCCAACAGGAUCAAGACGGCAGAGGAGUUUUUCGAGAGAGAGGAGCAGAGGCGACGGGAUGGUGGUCUCGAUAGUCUCUUCGAGUCUAUCUCAAAGAGCGACCUGGCACCCAUCUUGAAGAUCGGCGAGGACAACAGAAGAGGAAAGUUGUGA